AUGAAAAAGAGAGAUUAGGGAGGGAAGAUUCGUGUUGACUUUCCUUCCAUCAUCUCUGUUUUUCUUUUCAUUACAAAACAUCAAACAAUUUGAUCAAACACCUAACGAAAAAUAUCUUGACGUUGAUUCGAUCCAUCUUCUUCUUUCUUCUUCAUCGAUCUCACGCGUUUUCACAUAUAUAUAUAACGUUGAAUCUAUACCAAAGUUUCGUCGAUCCUUGUUAGUGUGAAUCAAUCUCCCAUCAACCAUGGGAAACUGUUGCGGAACGACAAAAUCAUUAACUCAAAACGACAACGAAAACAGCAACAAACCAAAAAAGGGAAAAAAGAAGCAAAACCCAUUCUCAAUCGACUACGGUCUCCACCACAACGGAGGAGCUCUAAAACUCACCGUCCUAUCCGAUCCAACAGGCCGUGAAAUCUCUCAGAAGUACACGCUAGGUCGUGAGCUAGGUCGCGGAGAGUUCGGAGUCACGUACCUUUGUACAGACAAGGAGACAGGGGAGGUCUGGGCGUGUAAGUCGAUACUGAAGAAGAAGCUGAGGACGGCUGUGGAUAUAGAGGAUGUGAGGAGAGAAGCUGAGAUCAUGAGGCAUAUGCCUGAGCAUCCUAAUUUGGUGACGUUGAAGGAGACUUAUGAGGAUGAGGUCGCUGUGCAUUUGGUGAUGGAGCUUUGUGAAGGUGGUGAGUUGUUUGAUAGGAUUGUGGCGAGAGGACAUUAUACUGAGAGAGCUGCUGCUGAUGUUACUAAGACUAUUAUUGAAGUUGUUCAGGUGUGUCAUAAGCAUGGGGUAAUGCACAGGGACCUGAAACCAGAGAAUUUCUUGUUUGCAAACAAGAAGGAGACUGCACCUCUUAAGGCUAUUGAUUUCGGACUCUCUGUUUUCUUCAAACCUGGCGAGAGGUUCAACGAGAUCGUUGGGAGUCCGUACUACAUGGCUCCUGAGGUUCUAAAAAGAAACUAUGGUCCAGAAGUUGACAUCUGGAGUGCUGGUGUUAUUCUUUACAUUCUGCUCUGUGGUGUCCCACCUUUCUGGGCAGAAACUGAACAAGGAGUUGCACAAGCAAUUAUUAGAUCUCAACUAGACUUCAGAAGGGAUCCAUGGCCCAAAGUUUCUGAACACGCAAAAGACCUUAUUAGGAAAAUGCUUGAUCCUGACCAAAGGCGUCGUCUCACAGCUCAGCAAGUGCUAGAUCAUCCAUGGUUACAAAAUGCAAAGACAGCUCCUAAUGUAUCAUUAGGUGAAACAGUAAGAGCAAGACUGAAGCAGUUCACAGUCAUGAAUAAGCUCAAGAAACGAGCACUCAGGGUUAUUGCUGAGCAUUUAUCAGAUGAGGAAGCUUCUGGUAUAAGAGAAGGGUUCCAAAUAAUGGACACAAGCGAAAGAGGGAAGAUUAACAUCGAAGAGCUGAAAAUAGGGUUGCAGAAACUUGGCCAUAACAUUCCACAAGAUGAUUUACAAAUCCUGAUGGACGCUGGUGAUAUCGAUAAAGAUGGAUACUUGGACUGUGACGAGUUCAUUGCCAUAUCAGUACAUCUCAGGAAAAUGGGCAAUGACGAGCAUCUCAAGAAAGCGUUUGCGUUCUUUGAUCAAGACAAUAACGGAUAUAUCGAAAUAGAGGAGUUAAGGGAAGCUUUGUCUGAUGAAGUUGGUACUAGUGAAGAAGUUGUUGAUGCUAUUAUUCGCGAUGUUGAUACUGAUAAGGAUGGAAGAAUAAGUUAUGAAGAGUUUGUGACGAUGAUGAAGACGGGAACAGAUUGGAGAAAAGCUUCGAGGCAGUAUUCGAGGGAACGGUUUAAUAGUAUCAGUCUCAAACUGAUGCAAGAUGCAUCGUUGCAUGUCAAUGGUGAUACAAGAUGAGAGAGUCUCAAUCAGCACUGGAAGAUUGAAUCAAAUGAAUGCAAAUCUUUCUUCAUUUCUUUAUUUAUUUUUUUUAUCUUUUGGGUUUUGCGUGUUCUUACACCACCAUGUCAGAGCAUCUUACGCAUGUAAGCUAGAAGCAAUUGUGUGUGUUAGUUCCUGAUUGAAGAGCGAGUGAGUAUGUUGGAUCAAGAGAGAAAAAAGUGUGUGGCCUAUGGCUGUGUGUAGAUAAUUUGUAUAAAUGUUGGUAAAAAUCAUCAUUAGUGUUUUCUUGUGAUAAUCUGUCAUUUCUUAUAACAAUUCGAAAAUCAUAUGAGAGAAUGAAUUUGUUUUCUGAUAGAUACCUAAGUAUCUUAUUAUUGACUCGGAGGUGAUGAAGAUGACGUGGCUGGAUAAGUAAAGGGUGUAGAGCAAAGCCUUGGGUUGUUUUAGAGCGUUUUGAUGUUAGAAGACUUUGAAGAACUAUCGGAGGUGACGAGUAUAAGUAGAGGAGAAGAUGAGGAUGAGAGACUUUAUGCUUUGUUGUUGUUGUAGAAAGACGAUAUGUUCUCUCUCAGUCGCCAUGAGACUGAUGAUUGCAUCUGUGUUCGCCAUGAGAGCAUAGUUAUAAUCAUACUCAAGGCUUCAUUCAUUUUUGUACUUGGUUCGUGUUAUCAAUAA